UAGGCCUGUUGUUCUUGGAAGAUCAAAUCAACAGAUUCGGUUUUUAAAUAUACGUGAAUGGUAUCAUGAGCCUAUGGAAUGCUCCGGAUGUUAGCCUAUAGGCUGAAAUCGGUUAAUAAUAAAGUUAGACAUGUCACAGUAAUAGCAGGCAGGUGAAACGAAUAUAGAUUUGAAUAUAAUAUAUUAUAAUAUAAUAGACAUGAAUGGAUUGCAUCGCUUUCAUGUGUUACCGAUGCAGAAUGUGGGGGCGUGGCUCCACCUAAAAUAAGGCUCAGCCUCCUUAUGCGGAUUGGCCAGACCUGCCCUGUUCUGGAACCGGGAAGUUUAUGGCAAAUCAGCCCUCCAGCGAUUCUCAAUACAUAACUGUCUCUUUGUACGUUACACAAGAGGAGUAGACUGAGUAGUGUGCGCUAGUUUGAGCCGUCCUCUUUCGGAACUGUUGUUGACAUUCAGUAAUGAAGGGAACUUGUUAUAGACUCCAAGGGUAAAAUUUGGGAGUCAUUAUUACAAGCGCAUUUACCCAAACUUGUAGGUCCUCGUUAAAGACUGUCCUCCCGGGAUGUUCGACCUAACGAAGGAAUGGAAUCUGUCGUUCGCCGGCUGCGGGUUCCUGGGGAUCUAUCACAUCGGAGUGGCCAGCUGCCUGUUGGAACAAGCGCCCUACCUUAUCAAAGGUGCCACCAAGAUUUACGGGGCUUCGGCCGGUGCCCUAACCGCCUCGGUGCUCGCCAGCCAGGCAUCCAUAGCUAAGUGCUGUGAGGAUGUGAUCGAGACAGUCAAGGAGGCCCGGAAGCGUAACCUGGGUCCCCUCCACCCCUCCUUCAACCUGGUCAAGGUCAUCAGGUCGGGCCUGGAGCGCGACCUGCCCGCCGACGCGCACACACUCGCCUCCGGGAGGCUGUGUGUGUCACUCACUCGCGUGUCUGAUGGACAAAACGUCAUCGUGUCCGAGUUCAAGUCCAAGGAGGAGCUCAUCCAGGCACUGCUGUGUAGCUGUUUCAUCCCCAUAUACUGUGGCCUGAUCCCUCCAUCCUUCCAAGGAGUGCGUUACGUGGAUGGGGGAAUCAGUGACAACCUUCCUCAGUCGGAGCUGAAGAACACCAUCAGCAUCUCUCCGUUCUCCGGCGAGAGCGACAUCUGUCCCCGGGACACCUCCUUCAACUUCCACGAGCUGCGCUUCACCAAAACCUCCAUCCAGAUGAACCUGGACAAUAUGUACCGCCUCAGCAAUGCCCUGUUCCCCCCAGAACCCAAGGUCAUGGCAGAGAUAUGUCAGAGUGGCUACAAGGACGCCCUUCGCUUUCUUGAGGAGAACAAUCUGCUAAAGCUGGAGUGUCCGACUGCCGGCCCCAGCCUAUCAGAAGCCACACACACCUGCUGCUGCAAGCCCAUCGCCACGGAAACCACUAAGGACUGGAUGCUCCGCCGGCUCCGCCUCCUGAGGAAGCGGCACUGGUGGCUGGACGAGCAGAUUGUUGACAACCUGCCAACCCAAAUCAAAAAAGUGUUUUGUGAGGCGUGCCAGCAGAAGCCUGGUCUGUAUGCUCAGGUGUCUGAGAUGCUGCCGGUCAGAGUGGCCUCCUACAUGCUCCUGCCCUGCACACUACCUGUGGUAUCGGCCUACUCAGUGGGCAAGAGGUUUGUGGAGUGGAUCCCAGAGGUGCCUGCAGAUAUGCGUUGGCUAGCUGGGGUGGCUGGGGAUGUAGCUGGGAGCGUGUACAGACAGACUCGGAGAGGAGUACCAGCAGACAUAACCAGUGAUGGUUCCCUGAGGAAUUGCAUGAGCCUGCCCCUACCCCUGGACAGUGACGGACCCAGGGAGAGAGACUGUCACCUCUCCGGGUUCGCUCUCUCUGCUCUUGACCUCCAAAGUCAAUACUGGAACAUCCCCACCGCCCCCUCUUCCCGCCGCCCCCUCAUGCCCAGCCCCUCCCCACGACAGAUCUGCUUCUUUGUUGGCUCGCAGGACGAGACUGACUGACAGUCUCAUCCACCAAUGAGAGGACACUUUGACUUUGUUUUAAAAGAUGAUAGGACAGUCCAGCUCAAGAUCCCUCCCACAGGUCCUGUCUAUAGGCUAUAGGAACUGGGAUGGACAAAUGAUGCUCAUGUGAUUGAAUAGCUUUGGGAUCCAGGACUGUUGCUAUAGACACACUAAUCAUGUCUUUUGAUCAGUCUAACAAUCAUAUUUUAUUCUACAGUACACAUUGUAGAACAAUUUACCAGCUCACCACCAAAGGCCUCUGCAAGUGAAUUCUUUUUUGAAAUGAUACAUUUUAUAAAUAACUAUGUCUAGUUUUUCCAGAUUACUUGUUGUCACUACAACUAUACCUACCUACUUACAGUACCUACCUACCAGAGGACGCUGGUGGAAGGAGCUAUAGGAUGACUGGCUCAUGGCUGGAAUAGGAUAAAUGGAACGGUAUCAACCACAUCAAACAGCGGCGGCAGGUAGCCUAGUGGUUAGAAUGUUGGGCCAGUAACCGAAAGGUUGCUGGAUUGAAUCCCUGAGCUGACAAGGUCAAAAUCUGUCGUU